CUCCCUCCUCUCGGCUCUUACUUGCUCCGAAGCCCCGUCCCUAUGCGAAGGCCGGUCAUGUUUGCGUCUUUUAGUGACUGGACUAGACAGGAAAGCCAAGUGUCUCGUUGUUGGAAGUUGUCUAGUUGCUAGUAAUUUCCUGCCGCGGAGCUCGUAUAGAGGGAGUAGAGAGAAGGGCCGGCUUUUCUUCUGCCUCCAGCCGGGUUUCGACUCCCGAGUUCUGUGGAAAACUUUCCAGGAACAGAAAAGUGGGGAAAGGCGACUUGUGGUUCUUCCCAUUAGGGAGGAGCCUGAGGUCUUCAGGGAAGAAAAUACUCUUGUAAUCCCUUGGAUAAAUUUAACAGUCUCCCCAGAGUUGCUUUGACUUGAUUUAAUUAAAUGAAUUUUAGUUGGCUACUCAUUUUCCAUCUGAAGAAGUUCUCUUGAUAACAGCUUCUCCUGUUAUUAAAGCAAUUACAAAUUUUAAGCAAGUUUCCAAAACAUUGGAAGAAUUUGAUGUUGAAGAACAACCAAGUUCUGUUUUAGAAAAACACUUUCCCAACAUUAAGGUUUUAGAGUCCAGAGUAAAGCAGCUCAAGGCAACAGAACAUUGUAUUUUAACAGAAGAUGGCAAUCAAUAUAAAUAUGAAAAACUCUGUCUGUGUGCUGGAGCGAAACCAAAGUUAAUAUCUGAAGGAAAUCCAUAUGUAUUAGGAAUCCGUGAUACAGACAGCGCUCAGGAAUUCCAAAAACAACUCAUGAAAGCUAAAAGAAUAACAAUCGUUGGGAAUGGCGGCAUUGCACUUGAGUUAGUGUAUGAAAUUGAAGGCUGUGAAGUGAUUUGGGCUAUUAAAGACAAAGCAAUUGGGAAUGCUUUCUUUGAUGCUGGAGCUGCAGAAUUCCUGACCACAAAGCUCACUUCUAAAAAAUCUGAAGCUAAAAUUACAUGUAAAAGAACCAGAUAUACAAUAGAAGAAAGUGAAAAAGAAGCAAGUGACAUAAAUAAUGCUGCUAAUCUAGGCAGUGCCUUGGGACCUGAUUGGCAUGAAGGUUUAAAUCUUAAAGGAACAAAAGAGUUUUCCCACAAAGUUCACAUUGAAACCAUAUGUGAAAUUAAAAAAAUUUAUCACCAGGAAGAAUUUAAGCAACUGAAGAAAAGAUCUUUGACUUUUCCUACAGAUUGUCAGGAUGAGUCAGCUGAUAAAGAUACAUGGCCUGUAUACAUAGAAUUGACCAAUGAGAAGAUAUAUGGCUGUGAUUUUAUUGUCAGUGCAACUGGGGUUAUGCCAAAUGUUGAGCCUUUCCUCGAUGGCAACAAUUUUAUGCUAGAUGAAGAUGGUGGCCUGAAAGUAGAUGACCAUAUGCGUACGUCACUUCCCAAUAUCUAUGCUGCAGGUGAUAUCUGUACUGCAUCAUGGCAACCUAGUCCAGUCUGGCAGCAGAUGAGGCUAUGGACUCAAGCUAGACAGAUGGGAAACUAUGCUGCAAAAUGCAUGGCUGCAGAUACUGUGGGAGACUCUAUUGAUAUGGAUUUCUGUUUUGAACUUUUUGCUCAUGUGACAAAAUUUUUUAAUUAUAAGGUUGUAUUAUUGGGAAAGUACAAUGCCCAGGGCUUAGGUUUAGAUCACGAAUUAAUGUUGAGAUGUACCAAAGGACAAGAAUAUGUUAAAGUGGUCAUGCAAAAUGGACGGAUGAUGGGAGCCAUUCUGAUUGGUGAAACAGACUUAGAAGAAACAUUUGAAAAUUUGAUUUUAAACCAGAUGAACCUUUCAGCAUAUGGAGAAGAUUUACUAGAUCCAAAUAUUGAUAUAGAAGACUAUUUUGACUAAAAAAUUUACUUUAAACCGCUGGAAAUAAGAAGAAUCUCCAAGUCAUUGCAGAAAGUUAAAUCAUUUUUAUACCAACCUAGAUGAUAAACAUUCUGAAGUUAAUUUUGCAAAGGUCUUAAUGAUGAAUAAUUUAAUGUGAAGAUGUGAAAUUAGGUGAAACAGACUUAGAAGAAACAUUUGAAAAUUUGAUUUUAAACCAGAUGAACCUUUCAGCAUAUGGAGAAGAUUUACUAGAUCCAAAUAUUGAUAUAGAAGACUAUUUUGACUAAAAAAUUUACUCUAAACCGCUGGAAAUAAGAAUCUCCAAGUCAUUGCAGAAAGUUAAAUCAUUUUUAUACCAACCUAGAUGAUAAACAUUCUGAAGUUAAUUUUGCAAAGGUCUUAAUGAUGAAUAAUUUAAUGUGAAGAUGUGAAAUUAAUUUAAAAUAUCAAUAAGUGUGCUCAACUAAUUUUUGUGUUUUCAUACUGUAUUACUCAUCAACUUGAACACAUAAUGUAAUUUGGAAAUAUUUAUGUUACAUUACACAGAAUCUUAGAAUCUCUUAAAAGAAGAGACUUGAGACAAUCUGGGUAAAUCUCUACCUGAAUAAGAUUCCCCCUCUGUAUUCAUAUUCUACAACUAGUCACCUGGUUUUGACUUGAAAACUUGGAAUAAGAGUGGGAAGGGAAGAUGAGCAAGAGUAGAAACCAACCCUAUCUUCCAAAAGAGUCUGUUUCGUUUUAAGAUGGCUUUAAGUUUUUUCCUUACAUUAAGUUUUAAUUUGCCACUUCUGCACACUUAUUCCUAGUUUUGCCUCUUGGUUCCAGCAAAACAAGUCUAAUAACCCUUCUUUGUGACAUGUGAAUGUAGCUAUCCUGUUCUUUAAAUACGAUUUUCCUAGUCUCAAGGCUUUUCGGUCUUUAGUCAAUCUACUUUGAAUCAUCAUUAGCUGAAUACAGCAAAUAUCCCAUUUAGUUUGACCAUUUUUUUCCUAAUUCCCUCUUUGACCUCAUCUGCAGUUCAGUCUCUUGUUAAUCUUCAUAUUUGGCAUUCCCAUCUCUGUACAUUUACACACCAUCCCUCAUAUCUGGAAUAAAUUCUAUCACAAUCCCUUCUUAGAGUCCUUAGUUUCAUUUAAAGUUUAGUUCAGAGGUCCUCUAACAUGAGGGCUUUACUAAUUCAGCUGCUGGCAGCCUCCCUUCAUUCCUCAUUGUAUUUGUUUUGCCUUAUAUAGAAGUUGUCUCCCCCAAUAAAAUGUAAGCACCUUAAAGGCAGGGAAUUGGUCCCCAGUGCCUGAUGUAUAGUGGGCAUUUAAUAAAUAUUUAAUGAUUGGUUAGAGGCAGAAUAGACUUAUUGCUUCCCUAAUCAUCUAUGUCAUCUCUCAAUACAACCAAAGAUACUGUUAGCUUUUUCAACCAUUAUAUCAGACUGUUGACUCACAUUGAGGGACUAGCCCACUGAAACCCACAGCUUUCACAGGAACUGUUAACAGGGUAUAUGUGGAACUGAAUUUUUUUUAACUCUGUAUUCAUAUUUAUUCACUUGUAGACUGUUGAAGAUUUUUUGAAUCAUGUCAUUCAAAUGACAAAUGUAAAAUCUAUGCUUUUAUUAAGGUCAUUUAUAAAAACUUUGAAUAACACAAGUACAAACGGAUUGCUGGAGUACUCACUAAUAUAGAAUCAUUAACUCUGGAUCCAAGUCACUCAACCAUUUCUUAAGCCAUCUCAUUUGUCCAGCCUACAACUCUCUACCUUGUCCAUAAGAAUAACAUAAAACUUUUUCCA